AUGAGGAAAACACCCAGCAAACUCUUAAAGCCGUACCAGAACCUCAUUGCACAAUCAAAAAACUUGAGGCUCCGAGAAUCGUCUACUAGAGAUGCACCACCUAUUGCUGUAGUCCCGAUAGCUACUGCUCCCCCAGCAGACGAGGAUGUUGAGGCUGCUGAGGCAGAAGAGUUUGUAGAGAGUACGUUUGCUAAUGUGGGGGAUGAGGACGAUGAGGCUGAUGACGAGGGUCACGAGGACCCUCAGGACGUGGAUGAAGAGGAGGAGCAUGGAUCGACUCCCGACCCAUCAUCGACAGGUAAAGGAAACAGUAACAGUGGAUAUAUAUUGUCUGGAUCCGAUGUUCCAUCUAAUUACCGUGUUGUGCGACGAACAGACAACAACAACCCUAAUGAAACCGGUGGAUCAUCUCAAGUGGGUCCGACGCUGGAGUCGGUUUCUGUAGAACAGGGAAAUACUGGGUUAUCAACUACUCCAGCAAGGAGGAGGGGUCGGCCAAGGAAGUACAUAGUAGAUGGAUCAGCAUUACCGCCGAUUGUUCUGUCUCCACAACCGCUUUCAAUGUCGGCGCCGCCAUUGUUAAUCGAUUACGGUGAUAAGGGAAAAGCGCGGGCGGUGGGGCCCGUUAUAGAUGAUCAAAGGUUAUCCUUCUUCGGUGCUAGAUUCACACCUCACAUUAUCAUCGUUAAUGCCGGGGAGGAUGUUGCUGCGAAGAUUCUAUCAUUUUCUCAAGAAGGGUCUCGAGCAAUAUGCAUUCUAUCUGGAAGUGGUGCAGUUUCAACUGUUACACUAAGUUCAUUGGGUGGUACAAUCGCACACGAGGGUCGAUUUGAAAUACUGUCUUUGAAUGGAUCGUUUACCCCGUCUGAGAAUGGAGGAACAAGGAACAGAGUAGGUGGUAUUAGUGUUUCUCUGGCUAGCUCAGAUGGUGGAAGAAUUCUUGGAGGUGUAGUUGCUGGUUCACUUGUAGCCGCCACCCCUGUUCAGAUUGUGGUCGGUAGUUUUAUUCAUGAAAAAACAGAAUGA